AUGUCUCUCCACCGGCAUUCCAACAUAGGUACAUCAGGGGAUACAGGUGGCUCAGCCAUCCAGAGUGCAAAAGGCCUCUGUGGCUUGGAUGUGGUGGUGGUUUACCCUCAAGGACGCGUUACUCCUGUCCAGGAGAAGCAAAUGAUUACUUGCAUGGGAGAUAAUAUCCAUGUCUUUGCAGCGGACGGCUCUUCUGAUGAUAUUGAUCAGGCUCUCCGUUUAUUUGCCGAUGAGGAAUUGGUAAAAUAUCAUGGCCUCAUGAUCCUUAACUCGAUGAACUGGUCUCGUAUCAUGAUCCAGCUGGUGCAUUUCAUCUUUGCAUACUUUCAGAUAAGUGAUAUGGAGCAGAUUGAGACUCACAAACCACUGCCUGAACUGGAGGCGAUGGUGCACACUGGAGGAGCAGGUAACAUUACAGCUGGCUUUAUUGUGAAGAAGAUGGGGUUACCCCUGAAGCUUGUGGCCAUGGUGAAUGCCAAUGACAUUGUUCACAGGACAGUAACCUCUGGUGACUUUACCAUGGCAACUAAUGUGACACAGACACUGGCUCCUGCCAUUGACAUCCAGGACCCUUAUAACAUGGAGCGAGUAUUCUGGCGGCUUCUGGAAGGGUGUGCUUUGGUGAAGAAGAUUAUGAACGAGUUUCGCCAUUUACACAAAUAUACUCUGCUUGGAAAGACUUCCUGCACCUAACACACGAUAUCCAGACUAUUGGACAUUCUAAUACUUUUACCAAGCGGUCUUUUCUUGUCCUCUUUCCUCUUGUACU